GGUAGCUUGUGGGUGCUUUAAAUGCGCUACAGUCAAUUAUGAUUGCAUGUCUACUUACAUUUUUUUCUUUCAACAAUUUCCAAAAACUAGGAAAACAAAAACAUCAUUACUUUUACGAGACGUGUUUGUUCAUUAGUAGCACAAUUUCUAACUUAUUUACAUUCGUUUUUACAUACACUUGCAUGUUGACUCCAUAUUAACGUUGAGGUGUUACGUUUUGACUUUUCUUAGCGGAUGUACAGUCAUCGCGAAUUGAAUUAUGGGGCGUUUCAGGCCCCGAAGUGAACAUAAUUGUACACUCUCAAACUCCAUUAAAAACGAGGGCUGAGGGGCUUACGUUGUAAACUUCCCUUGUUUGGAACGACGACAGAUAUGCCGGCGGGUAUUCCCCAAGGACAUAAGGCAGGGAGUGCAUCUACAUUUGGAAGUUGUCAACAUGUUCUCUGAGGAAGAGCAGACAUCCCCUACAUCCUCCUCUUCAUCGCCACCUCCAUCCUCCCAUUUCAUCGGGAGGAAAGAAGACGUUAUCCAGGCCAAGCGUGUCACCAAGCUGGUGGGCGGGAGGGAUGUGCUGGUUCUCUGCCACCAGGGCAAGCUCCACGCCAUGGACAUGCGCUGCUACCAUACCGGUGGACCACUGAAGGAGGGAGAUAUCGAGGAGUUUGACGGGCGGAUGUGCAUCGUGUGUCCGUGGCACAAGUACAAGAUCACUCUGGCGGAAGGCGAGGGGCUGUACCAGGCGGUGAACCCCUCGGCUACACCCCCUAAACCCACCUGGCGCUCCAAAGGGGUCAAACAGAGGGUUCACCAGGUCACAGAGGUCAACCGGGAUGUGUAUGUCACAUUUAACGACUCGCCUGACACCAUUGACUCUGACUUCUACCAGACAGAGAGAUACAGGGCCACUAUGAAUAUGGCCCAGCCCAAGACUAAGAAAUUACACGAGAAGGUGACGAGCAGGAAAGUGUAAGGAUUUGGGCCAUUUUGGUUGGGGAAAAACCCCAUGUGAUACUAAAUGUGUCUUUCGUUAGCGCCGUGGAAUAGUAAACGGGUGGUGCAGGUAUAAGACUAACUAAGUACUUCCCUAUCAGCAACUCAAAGCGUAAUCUCUGGGUUAUCCUUUCGUAUCCUCCAGUGCACUAACUGACCUCAAUCUCAAUCUUUUCCAAGUUUUCAAACUUGUACACACUUUUAAAUAUGUGUUUGAAGAUUUUCUGUUUUUGUACAGGUGCAGUCUUCCUAUAUUUCUUCAGUUUUGUUUGACUUGUAAUGUCUGCGUCUAUACAGCAAACGACUUCAAGAACGAAAGCAGAACUAGUUAACAUUGGUGUGUCUUUUUUAUUUUAUACAAAAGAUACUGGUUAAGUGAUUUAAUGAUGUUUGGAUGUAAACAUCACUGGAGGAAUAUUACUGGAGGAACAGAGACAGGUCUACAGUCAUGAAGAUAGACUGGUGACAAACGAAGAAACUUCCUCUAACAUCAGAGCUAUAGAUGACACACAAUGUUUGGUCUCAGUUCAGCAGACAGACCGAAGGCAAGGCGUUUUCCAGGUGGUGCAGAUAUUCACAGCUGUCUGUUGCCAAAAAGAGAAGGACAGAGAGAUGAGAGGCUGUGUGGAAAAACAGGUGAGCUAGCACUGAUACCCUACACAGUCACAGUAUCAAGAAGAAACCUUGCACAGAAUAGUGUUAAAUGUUGUUCAUCGCAGUACCUGAAGAUCAUUGCAGCGAUCCGAUUGACUUCAGCAUUCCCUCCAGUUUCCCACUCUUAUCCAGGGCUUUAACGUCACUGCCCCCACCAACACACUUCUUACCGAUGAACACCCGUGGCACCUUCACACACACGCAUUCAUAUGGAUUAUUAGGCAGCAGCAAUAUUAUGUUUUUCAAUUAAUGUAGAUUGUUUUAAUUUCCCUAAUGUACUGUUUUGCUGACAAUUCAAUGGGAAAUCAGUGGGGCUACAGUAGCCCACUGAAAUGAAUGGAUUUAAGCCUUGUACACAGGGUUGUGUCGAACUGUAUGCUUUCCAGUGGAUGGCCAUUCAUUUCAAUGGGAGGCAAUCCGCACCACUGCAACUCAUCUGCCAGACUAUGCAGACUAGCACAGUGUUUUGGAUUCGUCCAAUUUGUGCGUUGCUUUUCUGUGCGGUAUCAGACACAGAAAUAGAUAAACCACCGAAUAAAUGUCUAAUGUGUA